UAUUAAAAAGGAAAUGAUAACAAACCAAUAAAAUAGCGUUAAACAAUGCAGCUCAACGAUUAAAACGAAAAGUUAAUUGUAUCAAUUUCAUCGUUGAUGAGAUGACAGACAACAAUACAGAUGAUGUUGAAAAAACAACCGAUCAACACGCAAACAAAUUUGGAUUUGAAAAAUGGGUAGGAAAAAAUUUGCUGUUAAUACUGACCCUGAUGGGUGUUCUAUUCGGGAUCAUCUUGGGCUUCUCUUUACGUCCUUUACGAUUACAAGAAACAACCAUCCUACUAAUCUCAUAUCCAGGAGAAUUAUACAUGAGAAUCCUCAAACUGGUAAUCUUACCGCUGAUAAUGUCGAGCUUAAUCACAGGGUGUUCCAGCGUUAAUGCUAGAUUAAACGGAAAAAUAGCCCUAAGAACUUUCUCGUACUUUUUAGUGACGUCCAUGUUCAACGGUUUACUGGGUGUAAUUUUGGGAGUUACAUUCCAGCCAGGAGAUCCAGGAUUGGGAUUAUCAACCAGUCACAACAGACAGGAAAGGGUGUCUGGCUCUGUGUUGGAUAGCAUGUUAGAUAUGGGAAGAAAUAUCGCAGCUGAUAAUAUUUUUCAAGCGACGUUUCAACAGGUGUAUACAGAUUAUGUAAAUACAACGAAAAUAUUAAAUGAAAUUAAUGGAACAAGCCAUGCUGUUAGUAAGAUCGAGAAAGUGCUUAAAUAUCGAUUGGGUACGAACAACCUGGGCAUAGUAUUCUUUUGUAUCGCUUUCGGUACCAUACUCGGUACGAUGGGUACCAAAGGAAAAUUAAUCAAAGAUUUCUUCGCGGUAAUUUUCGAAAUUAUAAUGAAAAUGGUAAAAGGAAUCCUCUGGAUCACUCCUUUGGGAUUGUGCAGUAUCAUAGCUGGAAAAAUAAUGAUAGUAGCCGAUAUUGCUGUGGUGAUGUCCCAAUUGGGAUGGUUAAUUUUGACAGUCAUAUUGGGCGUUUUAUUCUACCAGUUUGUAGUGUUACAAUUGGUGUAUUUUUUGGUUGUGAGGAAGAAUCCUUUUAAGUAUUAUUUGGGAGUAAUUCAAGGUACCCUUACAGCUUUCGCUGCUGCAUCCACAGCAGCUGCCCUCCCAGUAAACAUGGACAUCAUGGAUAACGAACUUAAAAUAGAUCCGAGGAUAACUAGAUUCGUCAUGCCCAUCGGUUGCAAUACCAAUUUGGAUGGUACCGCCAUGUUUUUAGCGAUUUCUAUUAUUUUCAUUACGCAGAUGAGCGGAUUUUCGUUGGGAAUGGGAAAUUUGUUGACUAUUUGGUUUACUGCGACAAUAAUGUCUUUUGCAGUGACAAGCGUACCCAGUUCAGCCUUAAUUAUCCUGGUCAUGGUACUGUCAGCAAUGGGAAUACCUACUACCAACGUGCCUUUGUUGUUUGCGGUGGAUUGGCUCGUAGAUCGUUUUCGUACAACAAACAACAUGUUAGGAGAUUGUUAUGCAGCAGCCAUUGUAGAGGCUUUAUCUAAAAAGGAAUUAUUGGAAAAUGACUACGUAAAUGUGGAGGUUGGAGAGAAUUGUAAAAAUGGCGACCAAUUGAAAAAUGUUAAUUCAAAAUUCGAAAUAGAUGAGGUAUGAUUAAGACCAAGUAUAAGGAACUACCUCAUAUUUUGAAUAAAAUAACGAAUGUAUGAAGACGAUCAUGAUGCGAACUAUUUUAUACAUUUUUAUUGAAAUAUACAUAUUCAAAAAUUG